AACCCCUCUCCCGGUAGCUCACGGUUGCCAUACGUGCACCGACACACACACUUUCUCUCUCCCUUUAUCUUCCUCGCUCGCACACACACAGGCACGCGCGUUUACAUCCGUGCAUGCAUGCCCUCACGCAUGCACACGCAGAAACACCAGGACGCCGGGACAGGAGGACGCACCAGAGACAGUAAGCGACAGCCGCGCGUUCCCUGCACCUGCACGCUGACGGAGAGCGGUGCUGCGCCCGCUCGUGCGCCCCUGAAGAUGGUUUGAAACCAAAGCGCGUUUUAUUCUUCCUCUGUUUCUGCCUCCCAUCCAAUUAAUCGCGAAAGCAAAGAUUCGCAUCCAUCCAACGCAAUGCAAGCGCUGUAAGAACAAAAAUCACGCUGGUGGCACAAGCCUGAUUGGGACGGUAGCUGAGCUUUAAUGAUGCCCUGCCAGGUUUGCCCUUCAACUUCUGACACCAGAAGCUACCUGGAUGAUGAAAGCUGUUAAAUAUUCCACCUAUGCCAGUUUCACUUCCUCUUGGAUCGUGUUUCAGGGAAUCAGUCCUGAGGAUUGGAAUAGCCUCUGAUAGCAGAAACAUGCUGGACACUGAUUUGCUGAUUCACAAUGUUGACAAGGCUUUUCAGUGAUCCUUCGCUGCUUCCCGAUGUGCAAAAAUACUCUGCCUGGGCAGACGACAGCGAUGGAGAGGACCAGAAAGUCAAAGACGAGGAUCAAGACGCGCAGGACGACAUGGAGUCCUCUGACCUGAGGGGAGGCAGUGUGACUCAGUCUGAACAUGCCGGUGAUGACGACGACGACGACGACGAUGCGGAAGAAGACGAGGACGGUGAGGAUGCAGAGGGAGACAGGCCCAAGAAAAGGGGCCCUAAAAAACGCAAAAUGACCCAGGCCCGGAUCGAGCGCUCCAAGCUGCGGAGGAUAAAGGCCAACGCCAGAGAGCGGACCCGGAUGCACGACCUGAACUCUGCGCUCGACAAUCUGCGUAAAGUUGUGCCCUGUUAUUCCAAAACACAAAAACUGUCCAAAAUCGAGACAUUGCGGCUGGCAAAGAACUAUAUAUGGGCUUUGUCGGAGAUACUCCGCUCUGGGAAAAGACCUGACCUCGUUUCCUACGUCCAGACUCUUUGCAAAGGACUUUCCCAGCCCACCACCAACCUGGUGGCGGGAUGCCUGCAGCUGAACUCCCGCAACUUCCUCACUGAGCAACAGUGUCAGGAUGGGGGCAGAUAUGCGUCUGGCUCCUUCUCCAUGCACUCCUACCCCUACCAGUGCGCUCGUCUGUCCAGCCCCCACUGCCAGCCGGGCUCGAACUCGCAUCCGCUGAGGACGCACGGUUAUUGCUCGGCGUACGACUCACUGUACGGUGGGAGCGGAUCGCCGGAAUACAACAGCCCCGAAUAUGAGGGCCCUCUCAGCCCACCCUUGUGCAUCAACGGCAACUUUUCCCUGAAGCACCAAGGCUCUGGUUCCCCGGAGAAUGAGAAGGGGUACCACUACUCUAUGCAUUACUCUGGUCUGCCUGGCUCCAGACCUUCAGGGGCCCAUAACCUGGUGUUUGGCUCCUCAGGGGCCCGGAGCGGCAUUCACUCUGAAAACGUUCUGCCUUACCAUGACAUGCACUUACACCACGAACGGGGCCCCGUGUAUGAUGAACUGAACGCGUUUUUCCACAAUUAAAAGUGAAUCCGUGCGUCUUCCUGUUGUCAAACCAUCCACGGCACACAUUUGGAUUCAGGCAGAAUCCUGGAAAUAAUAACAACAAAAUAAUUAAAAAAAGAAACUCUA